AGCCCAUUAGCUAAAGGUACCAAUAUGGCGGAGGCUUCCCUAGGGAGUUCAAGUCCAGUUGGCUCUUUAUCGUCAGAGGACCAUGACUUCGACCCAACGGCAGAAAUGUUAGUUCAUGAGUACGAUGACGAGAGGACUCUGGAGGAGGAAGAGUCUCUGGAGGGAGGGGGGAAUUUCCGCUCUGAGAUUGCAGAUCUGGAAAAGGAGGGGAACAUGCCUUUGGAGGAACUUUUGGCCAUCUAUCGCUAUGAGGCCUCAGCAGGCUCCAGUAUAGACAGCUCCUCUGGAGACCUGACAGAUGAGCUGCCUGACAUGACUUUGGACAAGGAGGAAAUUGCCAAAGACCUUCUGUCUGGAGAUUAUGAGGAGGAGACCCAGUCCUCGGCGGAUGAUCUGACCCCUUCUGUCACCUCCCAUGAGGCUACCGAUUUCUUCCCAAGAACGCUUCGAUCCAACGCUAUCUCUGACGGCGAUAAAGAGUCCGAGUGUGAUGAUGAUGGCCCGAGCCCAGAGGACUCCAGGAAGGAAAUAAUGGUGGGAACACAGUACCAAGCAGAGGUGCCUUCUUGCCUCUGUCACUACAAAGAUGGGGAGAAAGUGUAUGAAGAUGAUGAUGAGUUAUUAUGGAGCCCAGGUACAUUAGCAGAAAACAAGGUUAGGAGUUUUCUGUCGGACGUGUUGUCACGGACCACAGAUGAAAAGGCGGGCUGUGAUAAACCAGGGACGCACAUACGAGACAAUGAGCAGGCUCUGCACGAGCUUGUGAAGUGCAACUACAACACUCGUGAAGCUCUAGAGAGAUACUGCAGCCGUGUGAAGUCCAACAAAGAAAAAUCACCCCCGUGGUCAGAAGAGGAAUGUAAGAACUUUGAACAUGCACUACAGAUGUACGACAAGAACUUUCACCUCAUACAGAAACAUAAAGUCUCAACGCGAACAGUUGCUGAGUGUGUGGCGUUUUACUACAUGUGGAAAAAGUCGGAGCGCUUUGACUUCUUUGUGCAGCAGAAUCGGUUUGGGAAGAAAAAGUACAGCAGUUAUCCGGGUGUAACCGACCUGAUGGACCGGCUGGUGGAUGAGGCGGAGGGACUGGCAGUGGACAGCUCCUCCUCUGUGUGUUCUGGAGCAGGUGGAGGAGGUAGGCUGGAGACCACCACGGACCAACAGCUCAGCCUGCUCAACUCCAUCACUGCAAGCGAUCUCACAGCCUUGAGUAACACCGUGGCAACCGUGUGCAGCCCUGCAGAGGUGAGCUGUCUGGACUCCUACAGCUUUCCUCCCCUGGAAAGUCUCCACCGCGGGUCCCUGAACCACGAAGAGUCCCUCGGGUUCCCUUCUAACGGAGCAGACCCCGACUGUCUCAACAUGCUCUACCACUCCGAGCUAGGAGCAGUGUGCGUCAACAAGGACUGCGAACGGCCCUCCAAAAGACUCAAGAUGGCCCUCCCUGACUCCUUUAUCAAUGACGUGUCAGUGGGUAACCUCGGAGUGGACUUCGAAGCACGACGGACAGCGACACACCACCACAGAAUCACUGGCGCCAAAAUGGCAGUGUCUGUCACAGACUUUGGGAGCUUGGCUGGCAGCGGGGAGCCCAACGGGUUUCUGGGAGCACACGCACGGCACCACACACAGCACACUGCAGCACUUCAGUCAGAGUGAUCUCGUCGUCUUCCCUUUUAAGACCCCUCAUCCUGCGUGUACAUAAGACUGACCUCACUGGAGAAUUUGAUUUGUUUAAAUUCUAUUAUAUAUAUAUAUAUAUCUAUAUAUAUGUAUAUGAAUAUACUUUUUGUUUUCAUUUUCUUGUGUAAUAUGACAUCAGUGAUGUCUAUCAUAUAGAACUAAAAUCUUGAUUUCUCUCAAGAGUUUAUAUAGCCAUUUAUUUUAUUUUUGGUUUGCGCGGUCUUGGGAUGUGUAACGUCCAUGUACAGUGGGGCCCAGAGGCUGCAGUAGGAGGGUUGUGUGUCUUCCUCCCUCACAGCUACACACAACAUCUACAGUAUGUUAUCCUGCCAUUCUUUCCAGCUGCCAAAGUUGGCAACGUUUUCUGCCUCUAGUGUUCGUGUUUAGUUGCUUGUCUUUUUAGUUUGAAGUGGUACUUUCAUUAACUUAAACUAGUGUUUGGUUUACAGGUACUGUUUAGUAUCCAGGCUGGUGCACAUGGUUUAAUUGACUCCUUAUUAGACCUGGCUAGACUUUGUAUGAAGAGCAACACUAGCGUGGAGAUUAGCUCAGAUUCCAGGAAGUGUUCGGCUUCAGCUGCUAACGCGUUCCACGUCCUUUCCUUUUUUCUUUUCUCCUGUGGAAGCUUGUCUGUAGUUUGUCUGCUUGUUUACUUCUUAAAUCUUCUGAGUUGCCAAACUGGAACAUUUUAAUGUUUGCAACAGUUCUUUUUUUAUAUAUAUAUAUAUCACAUGUAGUCAAACCUCAAUUCUAGACCCUGGUUCAAACAGGUGACAACAAAUGAAAACCUGUGCACAAAAAGAUAAUGGAAGUCAACUUGUUUCACAGUUUGAUAUGAUUCUUCAGAUCCUUUGUUCCCCAACAGGACAUUAGUCAGGCAAGCAAACCGUAACAGCCAUAUAACGAUGCAGAGAUGGAAGUUGGGUUAACGUAAACAAACGUAUCAUCAGGCACCAGAAAUGAUGUAUUUAUUAUUUUGACCAUUUUGUGAGAUUUUGUUGAAUCUUUGAACACCCAUGAACUGUGCAUGUCCUUUAGUUGUAGUAUUAAAAAACAAAAAAAAGCUCCUAAAUUAACUUUUGCCACUUUCAGACCACUUAGCGAGCUUGGGUAAACCGUUAGCAGUAUUAUGUCUUUAUUUAAAGCCACUCUGUUUUCGUAUUUAAUCUCUGCCUAACAUAACAGGGGAAACUUUAUAUAGUCGGACCCACCGUUUCUUGGGGUGUCAUAGCAGAAAUGGGGCUGUUUGUCUUGACUGAAGUCCACCAUUGUGAAUUGUAAAAUGUAAAGCGGUCUUUUCGUCAGUUUGAUUGGAUGCAGUAGUAGUGUUUACUUAAGUUAUCUAUGCAUUGUGCUAUGAAUAAUUAGUUUGUUUCAGGGGUGCAUCAUGUUUGUCAUGUCCUUAGGUUUAGUGAAUCACCUUUAUGUGUGUACAGGCGGGAGUCAUGCAGAGAAAUCAUCAUUGAUUUUUUUUUUUUUUUUUUUUUUUGAUCAAGUCAUUAAUUUUCCACGCCCAGCGUCCGAGAAGAGAUUCACUUCUGCUUUUCAUGUAAAUAAUUAGCAAAUAGCCUUUAAAAAGUCUAUCAACUGACCUCUUACACUUGUGAAUCUGUGUCCAUACAAAGGUUUUAAUUUGAUUCCUUGUCAAAAGGCAAUAAUUUGUAGAUAUGUACAGAUAUUUUUGGGGUUUGAAUUUUACCUGGUUGACUUGGUGUUUGAAUUAUUUUUCUCUCUUUGGAAAGUCACGAUCCCCAGGACUCGGCUGAAACCAUGCAUGCCAGCUGGGUCCCUUUUCUCGAGUGCACCACUGAAAAAAACGGCUUCACUUGAAGACGUAUUGAUAUUAACUCAGUGUUGCAAAUUUGCAUUCACAACUCGCAGCCAUGUGUAAAAGACGCUCAUCUAUCUUUUCUUUAAAAAACAAAAAACAAACUCUAUUUACAUGUUGUCGUCUAUAUUUGUCUCGAUGGUAAAGGGAUGGCUGCUGCUCUGAGUAUGUGGAGAGCUAGUUUCUCUUUGAAUGCAACGUGCAUAAUGCAGUAGGUCCUCCAAGCUCUUCUAGCUUUAGCAGUGAUAUUUAUUUCACCUGUGGUUUGUACAAAGACUCAGAAAAACUGUCCGAAUGUAAAGGCCAUUAAGUAGUAGAAGUAGGUUUUUCACCACCCUGUGAAUUCUCAAAAAUGUGAUAUUUUAUUGACCUCUCUGGUAUGAGACUUGUGUGUGCAAACAAGCACUAAACAAAUUUAUUUUAUAUUUUGUAUUGUGUUUUGAAGUUUAAAAAGGAAAAAAAACAUAAUAGCAGUUGUGGUUUUGAAAAAAGAAAAAAAAAACUCAAAUCCUUUGAUGAAAACAAGAACACCUUUGUAAAAUAAAAACCUACAAAACGUAAAAAUGUAUAUCCAGAAAUAUAGACAAUCAAAAUCUUCACUAUGAGAAAUGUUCAAGAAGCUAUCUUUAUUGUUUAUAAGAAUUGUACAUAAACAUUGAGUUGUUUUUUUUUCUUUUGUUAAACAUUAUUUUGUAUUUUCUGUUGUACUUUAAUACCUUGUGUACAGAUCCAGAAAUAAAGCUCUGGAAAAGGUU